UUGUCCGGUCUCUUCCCUGUCACCCAGUGGUUUGAGACAGGUGCAACGCAAGCGAUGCAAUGGACGCUCCUCUCGCAGAAUAUCAUCUCCUGCCCACCAUCCAACUUCCGUAAACCUGUCGUCUUCCCCAUCUAUCCACGCCUCAACAUUACCAAUAAUCCCAACCCGAUCGAUCCAAACCACAAGCCGGCUAUCGCGAGCAACCGCACUGCCUUGACAGCUCCCGGACGACGUGUGACGAUGAACUGGCAGGAUCUCGGUGUUCCAGCUGGACCAUACAAUCAGGUCACGUCGUCGAACGCAAAGGGUGGCCCUAAGUUUGCUGCGUGGUUGAGCCAGUACAAUGUUACUUACUCGCCUCUCGAAAAUAUCAGAGGCCAGUACGCCGAGACCGCUCAACCCGACGGUAUGAUAUUCAAGAAUCAUUCGACAGACGGCGCCGAAAUUAUCAAUGGAACGAUCUUCCUAAUGGUCACCGACACCGAUCUCUUUGUCACGCCAGCGAAUCUCUCCUUAAUUAACGACCAUAUUGUCGCAGGCCCGGCUCUUUACGUCUCCGGCUGA